AUGUCUGGUAACGGCAACAACAACUCCGGCAACACCGGUGGUGGCUCCAAGGGCUCUACCCCGAUGACCCAGGGCGAUGCGAGCAGAAUCCAGUCUGGUCAAGCCAAGUCCGGCGGAGACAUGUCCUCCGGCGGCUUUGCGGCUCGCGCCCAGGGUGCUGGCGACAAGAACGCCAACGCUGGCGGCCAGCCGAGCGGCGAAACCAAGAAGUGA